AUGAAAAUUGCUAGUGAAAAUAUUAAAGAGAAGGGGGCCAAGGAUGAAUCCUUGGGGACACCAGUUUGGAUAGAGCCCAUGGCUCUUUCAGAAGAUGAGAGUAAGAAAUUAUCCUUCAGUAUUCCAAGAAAACCCAAAGGGGUGUUCCUGCUCCAGAAAAUUUCAGAAUGCCUGUUCCUGAAUGGCAACCAGGAUAUUGUGCUCCUUAUUAGGACUAUCUACAACAAGGAAGAACAGGUUUAUUAUGACAGUCGUGUUGGCAAUUUCAUUGGUGUUACAGUGGUAGGAAAGUUCCUGGCAAAACACUGGAAUGAUGACACAGCUUACCUGGAACAUGUCAAGGGAAUGCUUGAAACAUUCUGCAAGUCCAACUAUAACUUAGUUAAGAAGCCACUUAUGGAGAGAAAAGUUAUCCCUACCAUCACAAUUCGACCACUUAAAGCUGUGAUACAGGAGCACCCUAACUUGCUCAUGUGUGUCACCAGUGGGUUUUACCCUCAAAGUAUAAAUGUCACACUGCUUAAGAAUGGAGGAGAGGUUACCCAUGAUAUAGCAUCAUCUGGUGUGAUACCUAAUGGAGACUGGACUUAUCAGAUCACUUUAUUAAUGGAAUUCAUACCACAAAAGGAGGAUGUAUACAGCUGCAAAGUAGAACACAGUAGUCUGAAGGAACCAAUGAUUAUGGACUGGAAGUAUCCAGGAGCCAAACUCUCUAAAUAAGAAUGUCCGAAAAUAUCCUGAAUCUCAGCAGUUCAAGAAGAACCAGACAAUGUUAGAAGCUUUCUGUAGAGUUUACUAAACAUAUUCUAGUAUUUUCAAUUUAUCUGUCACUCUAUGUACAUUUUUAGUUUUUGCAAUAGUUUUAUACCAUUAUGCAGUACAACUCAAACCACAAAAUACUGAAAAUAGUUUAUCUGCAGAUAUCAAAAAUAUGUUUUCAAUUUCUUAGAGAAUGUUAUGGUAAACAGUGAAGUGUACAAUAUGGGAUGACAAACAUGGUAUAUCUUCAUUUUUUUCUACAACAUGUUCCACUCAAAUUGACACAGAACAGGUAUUUUGUUAAAUCAUGAUGCAUAUCUAUUAAUUUAAGGUGUUGGGUUUAAUUCCCAUCUGAUAAGAUCUGUGUAACCAGCAAGACAUUUUUCUGCAGACAAAUUUCUAGAGUCUGCAGAUGACUUAGAUGGAUUCUUAAGUUUAAGUGAAAGCUAUUGCUUUACUUAGUACUUUCUUUUUUUUCUCUGUUAAUGAAUGUGCAUAACAUGAAAGUCCGUACUUUGCAUAUUGUUAAAUAUAAUGAAAUGACACAGUCUGCUCCUAUUUCAUCUGUAUACUAAUAUAGCUAAAGUCAUUCUCCCUCAGUCAUUAUUGCUGUGAAAGACAAUAGAAACCAGUACAUUUUCUGCUCAUGUAGGAUCCCAAAAAAUAGUAUAUCAAAAAAGCCCUCAGGUACUAGACCCAGAAGUUCAUAGGUGCAAGACCACAAUAAACAAUAAAGUCAGACCCAGCAAUGUUGUUGAACUCUAUACGAGCAAGUGUAGUAUCCUCCUCACCUGAAGUAAACAGAGACUUAAAAUUGUACACUUGAAAAGCACAGAUGUUAACUCAUGGUAACAGGUACAAAACCACAAGAAAUGAUAUAGCUGAAUCUUGUAAAGACUUUAUAUGACACAUCCUUAACUUGUAAACCCUAUUUACCAAUGAAGACAUAGUCACCCAAACCCUACCACAACCCCUGCUAAGGUUCUCCAGAACUACUUGGGCUCAUUUUUUUCAACUUGAGAUGUUCACCGGACUUUUACUGUUUAAAUAAUGGUCUUAGAAAAUAUUCAUAUUUUAGAAGGUUUCUUCUUAUCCCUAUGCGUACUUAUAUAAGAUGAUUACAAGGACUGUAUUGAAUCUUUGCAUUGAGGUGUGGCGACACCACAAACAUAUUUCUCUCUAUCUUUUUCCCAGACACUCCCCUCAUAUGAUUGGCUACAGUCUCUUAAACAUUCCACAUGCAAACUGGUUAAACUGAAAACUCCCUGCUCCAAAGUCUCCCUUAUAGUAAAGCAUUCUACUUCAUCCAACUAGCAACUUGUAUAAUUCACCUGAAUCCUACUGCAGGAAUCCAACUAUCUAAAUCUGUACAUACCAAACCACUGUACUUCCAACCUUUCCUGAUCAUCUGCUUCUUUUCCUCCUCUCCCUCGUUUCAUUUAUAGGUUCAUAGGAUGGUACUAGGCUAUCAGCCCUAGGGCCUAUACUAGCCUAGCCAUAACAAUUUCCUUUUCUUCUUACUCACUUAACACAAUGGAUGCCCUGCUUCUGUCAUUUCCCCAUUAAUAAUUUAAUCGUAGUUUUCUGUUCCUAGAAUAAUGUUGUACUGAUAUGCAAGACUAAGCCUUAUCAUAACACCUCUGCAAGUUAAACAUUGUAUUACAACAUUUAAAAGACUUGAUUAUGUGUAAUCUGUACUGCUGUAACGCUGAAGUUUGUAAUUGGUUGUGUAAAGUUGUAAAGUCUAACUAGUCAAGUAAAUAAUUUGCUUUGUGUUGCAAAUCAUAUUAACUUAGUAAUUAUUACUAAUUCAUAGUGUUCGGAGAAGUGGUUAACUCCACGUUUCUGCUACAUCCUUUGAAUAUUAACUUAGUAAACUGAUGUGUUUCUACAAAUGGGUCAUGGCUGAGUCUCAGGUCCAGCCUAUGUACCCAAAUAAAUAAAUAAAUAUUUUUCUUGAGCUCUUUCAAUCCUGUACACUCCUUAAAGACUUAGCUGUGUCACUGGGAUAAGGAAAGUAAUGUGUCUCUUCAUCUGUAGGUCUCUACCUAGCUCAUGUCAUAGCAUGUCAGUGCCCCUA